GAGGGCAGAGCUGCUCCUCUGGGUGCUCUGCUCUGUGGAGGCCGUGUCCUCUCAGACCUGCUGCACUCUGAAUAUAAAUCCCCCUUUGUUGGGCAGAGGGUGACUUGGCUGAGCCACAUGAUCAGUCAGGGAAAAAUGAGUGCCUGGCUCUGUCCUCUGCUGUGCAGCUUAACCAUGGUGUGCUUAACAGGUAUUGCUUUAGGCCAGACAACCAGCACUGGGGUUCCCACUGGAUCCACCCCAGCACCUCCCAGUACAACCAGCACUGGGGUUCCCAUUGGAUCCACCCCAGCACCUCCCAGUACAACCAGCACUGGGGUUCCCAUUGGAUCCACCCCAGCACCUCCCAGUGCAGCCCCUGCUCCAGCCUCUGCUCCCCCAGCUGGGCUGACAGCAACCACUGCAGGCCCUGCUGCAUCCACAGCAGCUCCAUCUGCUGAUCCAAGCACAAAAACCCCUGCCCAGACUCUGCCCUCCACCACGGGGACUGUCCCCACCUCUCAGACUUCAGCACUGGCAGCCACAUCCAGCAGUGUCCCAGCGUCCCCUCCAGGAGUGACCCCAUCCCCUGGGCUCCCAUCAUCAGCUCUGCCCCCCAGCAGCCCCCAGCCCUCCAACUGCAGCACAGAGAACGUGACAGCCUGUAUCCCCUGCCCCCCAGGGACAGCCCCCACACAAGGCACCCUGAGCUGCUCGUGCUGCCCGGGGGGAGCGUGCAGCGAGCCCGGUGCCUGCAGCCCCUGUGCCCCAGGGCAGCACCAGCCCCAGAGGGGGCAGCGCUCCUGCCUGCCCUGCCCUCAGGGCUCCUACACCAGCCUCCCAAGGAGCUCUGUGUGCCUUCCCUGCCCACCAGGACAUUUUGCUAAUGAGUCUGGGGCUGCAGCCUGCAGGGCCUGUGAGCGAGGCUAUUAUAGCUCCAAGCAAAAUGCAGCUUUUUGUCUGCCUUGCCAGCCAGGAUCCUUCUGCAACACCAGCGGCUGCUCCGGCUGCCGGCCCUGCCCUGGGGGACAGGAGGCACCUCGGGAGGCGGCGGAGACGUGUGAGACCUGCCCGGCAGGUACAUUCAAAGGUGCCAAUGACAGCAGAUGCAAGGCCUGCAGGACAGGGGAGUACCAACUACAGCGGGGCAAGGAGAGCUGUGAGCAGUGCCCAGAAAACCACUACUGCCCUAGCCCGGAUGUGAAGCCAGUGAAGUGCCCCCCUGAUGCCUUCUGCCCGCGGGGCAGCGCCGAGCCCACCUACUGCAUGGAGCUGUUCCUGUACAAGGCAGGGGACUCCUGCCAGCUGACCCCUGCCACCGUCAUUGUCCUGGCCACCUUCUCAGCAGGUGGAAUCUUUGUGGUGUUUCUGAUCAUCCUGAGGAGCCGACAGGAGCAUGGCAGGAGCUCCCUGAAGUCGCCGCUGCUGCCCCGGGGCUCAGGGCUGGGCUCCUACGGGGGCACGGAGCACACGGAGCCCGUCUAUGCGGGCUGGUAGCCCUGCCAGGGCCAGCAGCCUCUCCUUCCCCUGGGGCAGCACGAAAGGGGCUCUGGGCAAGGUGUUUAACCACGAGCAACCUACUGCUGUACAGCUAAAAAUCAGUGCUGGGGAAUAAAACUCAGUUUUUGAGUUGUGGCUACUUGUGCAAACCAAACCAGCCCAUGCUGUGCUGCACUGGGCUGAUGGGAAAAGUCUUCCCUUUCCAAUUUCCAGCUUCCUUCACAAAUACUUUCCUUCAUUAUUGAAGUUCACCAUAUAUUGAAGUUGGAGGGGAGACGACCCACCUUGCGUUGGUCAGCCAUCGACUCCCCUUUAUUGAUCAAUCAGGCACCUUUUAUAACAGUGUUAAUUCACUUCAUGCAUAUUGCAAAAUCUGAGCUCACAAUAGGUCAGAGAUAACAUACCAACUCCUCCUUAUGUUUCCAAUACCAAGAUUUGGGUUCUCAAAAUUAUUCUUGCUUUCCCAAAACAGCCAAAGAUAGAACAUCCACUUGUUAUGAGAA